AUGAUGAAAGAUUAUUUGAUUGGGUUCGAAAAUACCAACCAUCCCGUGGCAAAUUCAGGCAGAUACGCUUCUGCACCAAGAACAAAUAUAAGAGCCAGCACUACGAAAGAAGCCGUAAAGCAAGGUUGUGUAUUCGCAUUUGUAUCUGGUGAUGUCCUGAACACCGAAACUAUGGUAUCAGGUAUACUCUUUACUUGUGCUCAAAAUGCCUAUGUAUUGAUAGAUUCUGGUUCUAUGCAUUCCUUCGUAUCACAUGCUUUCUCACGGAAGUUGACUAGACCAUUAGAAUCUAUGAAUUAUUUGUUAUAUAUAUCUACACUUUCUGGGGGUUCUAUGGUGUGCGCCUAUGUGUAUCCUGCAUAUGACAACAUGAUUGGGGAUAUGUUAUUAUAUGUCGAUUUCCUGCCAUUGGACAUUGCCCAUUUUGAUUGUAUCUUGGGUAUGGAUUGGUUGACGAAGUAUUGUGCUACUAUUGACUGUGUAAAUAAAUCAGUUGUGUUUCGAUCACCUAAUUUACCCGAAUUUUUGGUUACUGGGAAUGGGAUAGUUCCUUCCCCAUAUUUAAUCUCUACAAUGAAAGCUAAUAAACUAUUGAGAAAGGGGUGUCAGGGUUAUUUGUGUUGUGUAUUAAUUGUGUCUACUGAUAGUAUGAACAUAGAAAACAUCCCCAUAGUCAAUGACUUUCUUGAUGUGUUUCCUAAUGAUCUACCCGGGGAUUUAAUUGAUAGGGAAAUUGAAUUUACCAUUGAUAUAAUACCUGGAACACAACCUAUCUCCAAGACUCCAUAUAGGAUGUCGACUUCUAAAUUGAAGGAAUUAAAAAUCCAACUUCAAGAACUUUUAGACAAGAAAUUCAUUCGGCCGAGUACCUCACAUUGA